AUGGCUGCUUGAUCCCUCCAAAUGCAGGUAGAAACGUGGAAAGAGCAAAAGGUGCAUGCUAGGUGAGACUUCUGAUAACAGAGCUUUCCUGGAAUCCUACUCAACAGCUCCUGCUUACGUCUAACCUGCCUCAAAGUUUCAGAUGGGCACCCAAAGCCACAAAAGAAGGAAGCCAUGAUGGUCGGUUACUCUGCAAUGCCUGCAGCCGUCACUCUCAGCUCAGUUUCGAAAUCCUCUGUCUCCACCUCCAGAGCCUCUGGCUUUUCCCCCAUCAGUGACCCAGACGGCCCAGCUGCUCUUGCCUCAGUCCUGGAGGAACUCAGCUGUUCGAAGCUCCCUGCCAGACGACAGGACCUUGGAGAGGUCUGACAGCCUCCCUGAGCAACCAGAACACCUGGCCAGUCUGAACAUGGAAACCAGCCGUGCUUCCCCUGUGAAGGCUGCAGCAACAGAGAGAUUUCCUGUCUGCCGAGAGUUUCUUCGUUCUCCAUUGAGAUCACAACCAGAAAAACAUGCAGUUCCUCGGAACAUGGACUUAGAGCUCAAGACACAGCCAGACAGCCAAGCUGGGGAGAAGGAUGACAUAAUUCCUGAGGACGACGUGGGCUUAUAUGACGGAAAUCUGACAGCCGAAGAAAUAAAAUUUUUGGAAGAGUUUCCCGAGUGGAAAAAGGAGCAGGAAAAGUAUAUCACCACACUUCGUGCCUUUGCAGAGGAUGCUGACAAAAUGCACAAAAAAUUCACCAAGUCCAAAAUGGUGUCCAAUUCUGUCACCGUUGCUUCCGAAGUGGCGAGCAUGGUGGGUUUAGCCCUUGUGCCCGUCACCGCAGGUGCGAGCUUGCUACUCUCAACUGCAAGCAAAGGUGUGUCAGCAGCAGCUGUCGUUACCACGAUGGUGACAGAGUUGAGAGAAAAAUCUCACAGUAAAAAACUCCGUGCUCAGGCCAGUAGCCAAGUGCCCAUGAGUGUCCAAGAGCCCAAAGAUGCAGAAGAAAAGCAGUCAUCUAAUCUCACGGCUUCUGGUCAGGCUCUGCACAGGUGUGGGAGAGCCCUGCAGGUUAUCAAGAAGGGCAUCCGGGCCCUUUGGCCUAUCAAAUCCCCACCACGCUCAGGUACUUCUGCCAAGCAUCUUCGGACUGCUGGGAAAGUCUCAGCACCAGCCAGAACACAGGUGCAGAAGGCCAGUUCAGGUAAAGUGCUGACUGUGGCAAAAAUAGCCCGCAUGAGUGUUAGGGCCUUCGCUUCCAUGUCUCUUAACGAGGGUAUGGCUGCUCUCUGGAAGAACUGGAAGCAACUGAGGGAUGAGUCAAAGCCAGAGCUCGCAGAAGAACUCAGGGCCCAAGCUCGGGAGCUGGAAGAGGUGCUGGAGCAGUACAGCAAAUGCUAUGAUGAGCUGCUAAAAAAGAAAGCUGCAGAUGUUGCGGGCUCUCAAGAAGCCUCCAACCUGCAGGACAGUGGAGGACACCACCACAAGUGCCACUCCCCCCAGGCCAAGGACACCAACGUCACACCAAUCACCAAGGCCAGAUGGGUGCCCAUGGCUGUGCCAUCUGAGCUGCCACCUCCUCCCAGGCUACCGGUAUAAACAGCGGGUCAAGAGUUGGCGGGAACUGGUGGUGGGCGGAAUGUCCCCUGGAGCACAGAGGUGCAGCAGCUGUGGUUCUAGGACUGGCAGUGGGGGAGGAGUGCCUCCCCCAAUUCAGUUACCACUGGGGUCCCAGAAUCAGGGUGCCGUGUCUGCGUACUCUUGCCUCAUGGGUAAUGGCAGCUGCUUGGGCUGCUGCCCUGGCAUGCACUGCAGAUCACAUUCAUCAGGUGCCCUGACCCCGGGCCCAUUCCAGCUCUGGUCCACUGGGUUGCAGACUGCAGUCACCUGCGAGUAGAAAAUGAGAAGCUGGCAGGGGAGAGAUCCGACCCUCCUCCUGAUCGAUGUGCCUCUUCCGCUGUUGGCAAGCCUGCUCAGGUGGUGGCGAAGGGGAAUCGAGAGGCCUGCCUGGGAGAGAUAUCCACCCCCAAGGGAAGCAGGGCAGCUGCUGGGUGGGAAGUGAUUGUGGCUCCCACCUGCCUGACCUGCACCAAUGGCCCUGCCCAGUCCUUAAGGGAAGCAGCAGUGCCGAUGGGCAGAAAGCCACUGUGGCUCCCAUCCAGGCAGCCGGCACCAAAGGCCUAGAGGUCACUGGUAGGAAACCUGGGCUGCCCACACUGGUGGCCCCACCUGCUUGCCAUUGCUUUGGACUCCACCAGAAGCACCCAGCCAGCCUUGCUGCACAGGCUUCAGUGUAGGACAAGCCUUAAAGUGAUCACCUUCUGCCUUCUUUGGGGCACUCUGUGGGCAUC